AUGUUUCUUUUCUCUAUUAAUUCACCACAAAACCAACCAAAUUAUAAUAACGAUAAAUUUAACGAUAAUUUAUUAGUAUAUUUAAUUCCAGCAUUAAUUUUUUUACUAUCUUUUUUUAUUUUAAUUUAUUUUCGUAAGAAUAUACGUGUUCAAAUUAUUUUUAUUGUUUAUUUAAUUUACAGAUUAACUUUUGUUGAUAAUAAUUUUUAUUUAUGUACAUAUAAUAAUAAUAAUAAUAAUAAUAAUAAUAAUAAUAAUAAUAAUAAUAAUAAUAAUAAUAAUAAUAAUAAUAAUAAUAAUAAUAAUAAUAAUAAUAAUAAUAAUAAUAAUAGUAAUAAUAAUAAUAAUAAAAUAAAUUAUAAAUAUUUUAAAUUGCCAAAUCAAUGUAUACAUUCAAGUUUAUUAAAUACAAGUAAGAAUAUUUUAUCACAUCCAAAUUUUUGUUUCAAUGUACCUUUAGGUUUAUCAACAAAUGAAGAUAAUUGUAAUAAUAAUAGAAUUUGUUAUAAAAGAAGAGAUGAUGAAGGUUAUAAUAAAUUUUCACCAACAUUUGAAACUGAUUGUGGUAUCGAAUUGGAAUUGGAUGAAAAUACUUCAAGUUUCUAUGAUUUACAACAAUUAAGAGAAAUAACAACAACAACAGAAAAAACAAAUAAAUUCAAUUACAUAAUAACAAAACCAAUUGUAGAUAAUUUAGAUAGAGAUGGUUAUUUUAUAUUUAUGAUACUUUAUUUAAUAUUUAUGAAAGAGAUUAUAUACAAUGACAAUGAUAAUAGAAAUCCUUUGAAAAAAAGAAUACUAUCAUUCAUCAUAUUUGCUUUACUUUUCUCAAUUACAAGUAUACUUUUCAUUGCAAUAAAACAGAAAAAGGAUGAACUUAUUAAAGUGGGAACUGAAGAUGAUGAAUUAUUUUUACAAUCUGUUAAAUCUGAAUUAAAUAGAGCAAAUUAA